AUAUUGUUUUUUAAAAAUAAAAUCCCAGGCGGUGUAGUGUUGCUCUGUUGUGCAUGUCGUUGUAGAUGAAUCAGUCUCCUCAAAAUAUCUCUGAUUUGUUUGUUCCUUUUUGGACUCUAAAACUAUGUCGUCCUUUUAUUCAUCGUCACCAAUAUUCCAGGUUCAUAGCUUUGGCAACUUGUACUUGCUCAUUUUGUCGACAUCGUUCCCCUUUAAAGCAAUUUAUUUGUUUUCCAUCAAAAAAAAAAAAAAAAAAAAAAAAAAAAAACUAUUUCUUCAAUCCCAUAAUCCCCUCUAAUUGCUCGUCAAUUCCAGAUGGUGUCAUCUUCACACAUACUCAACAAUCAAGUUGAUUGUGAGAAUGAGGAAAAAAUCUGCACAGGAAACAGGAAAGGGAAAAACCUAUGGAAGAAAGUCAAAUAUGAGUUUAUAGAUUAUCAUAACUUGCCUGCAUAUCUUAGAGACAAUGAGUACAUCUUGGGUCAUUAUCGAUGUGAAUGGCCACUGAAAGAAUUGCUAUUAAGCAUCUUCGCCAUCCAUAACGAAACUCUUAAUGUUUGGACGCAUUUGAUUGGCUUCUUUCUUUUCCUAUCCCUGACCAUAUACACUGCAACUACAGUCUCAGAUGUUUCGGAUUACUACCCUCUGCAACACGUUGCUGAGAUGCUCAAUAAAGCUGGUUUGCAUGAUGUUCACUCAACGCUUGUAAAUUGCCUCACAUCCUUAUCUAAGAUGCCUGAUUUCGGUACGCUAAGUGGUGAAUUGAUGGCAUCCCUUCCGUAUAUCAAUUCACUGUCAUCUGUUUCUGGGUGGCAUAUUAUGGAACAUUUGUCAAACUGCUUGCCUGAGCGUUUCUCUCAUUUAAAUGAGACUAAUGAUCCUUCCAUGUGGAGUGUGAAAGAUAAUUUGAUCAAUACAAUUGCACCUUUGCCAUCCCAUCCAAUCACAAGAUGGCCUUUCUAUGCCUUCUUGGGUGGUGCCAUGUUCUGUUUGCUCGCAAGCAGCUCUUGCCAUCUGCUCUGCUGCCACUCCAAGCGGCUUUCUUAUAUAAUGCUGAGGUUUGACUAUGCAGGCAUCGCAGCCCUCAUUACAACCUCAUUCUACCCUCCGGUUUAUUACUCCUUUAUGUGCAAACCAUUUUUCUGCUACCUCUACCUAUCAUUCAUUACAAUAUUGGGCAUUGCAACCAUUGUUUUCUCUCUCUCCCCUGUCUUCCAAAAUCCAGAAUACCGGAGCAUUCGUGCUUCCUUGUUUUUUGGUAUGGGCGUCUCUGGUGUUGCUCCAAUUCUACACAAGCUGAUAUUGUACUGGCACCAGCCUGAAGCAUUGCAGACCACAGGUUUAGAGAUUCUGAUGGGAGCAUUCUAUGGCUUUGGCGCAUUAAUAUAUGCCAAAAGAAUACCCGAGCGAUGGAGGCCAGGGAAGUUUGAUAUUGCAGGGCAUAGUCAUCAGCUCUUUCAUAUUCUGGUGGUUGCUGGAGCUUACACACACUAUCAUACUGGACUCAUGUACCUCAAGUGGCGGGAUUUACAUGGUUGCUGAAAGAUUUAUAUUAAUCGUAGGAAUUAUUCUCUCAUAAAACUUGCUAUCAAUUUGUAAGUAAUUAUAUGAGAGCUAGGUGAUGAUCCAAUGGUCUAAUGCAGUAGCCAUCACCUUGACUUCUCAGGUCAUAAUACUCGGUUUCUAAGGCUAAAAAUGAGGCCGACAGGCCACCAAACUUGCUGAGUUGCGGCUAAAGACAUUUACUAGGAUAUCUGGCUUUGUGAGUUUGAUCUCUGGCUUUGUGAGUUUAGUCUUGCAGCAUGAAAUUGUACCUCUUACGAGUUGUAAACUUGUGAGGGCAUCUAUACAUAGUUAUAUUAUACUCCGUAUACUAUACUAAAACACUUGCAGCUUGAUUCAAGAAUCACACUGUGGUUUACAGUGCAAAAUUUACUUGAAUGUU